AUGGCUUUCUUAAGAUCUCCUCUGUGGCUACUUUUUGUUCUCUCCUCUAUUUACGUCGCAGCUUCUUCAUUUAAUGAUGAAAGAAAGGUUUAUAUUGUGUACAUGGGAGAAAAACCAUCCGAAGAUUAUGAUACUGAGUCUCUCCAUCGUAGCAUGCUUGAUAAUAUUCUUGAGAACAGCGCGGUUGAAGAGAGCUUAAUCUAUAGCUAUGGAAGGAGCUUGAAUGGUUUCGCAGCAAAACUUACGCAUAAAGAACAGCAAAAGAUUGCAGGCAUGGAGGGGGUGGUGUCCGUGUUCCCGAGCAGAACCCGGAAGCUUCACACUACAAGAUCGUGGGACUUCUUGGGGCUUUCGCGGGCCGCGAAGCGCAACCUCGCGGUGGAGGGCGAUGUCGUCAUCGGCUUGCUCGACGGCGGAAUCUGGCCCGAAUCCGAAUCCUUUAACGACAGGUGGAAGGGCACCUGCCAAAACUUCACCUGCAACAACAAGAUCAUCGGAGCUCGCUACUACAAAGGCGGCUUUGUCUCCGGCGACGAGCUCUCGCCACGGGACUUUGACGGGCACGGCACCCACACGUCCUCGACCGCGGCGGGCAACGCGGUGGUGAACGCGAGCCUCUUCGGGCUGGCGCGGGGCGUCGCGCGGGGGGCGGUCCCCGCCGCUCGGAUUGCCGAGUACAAGGUGUGCUGGGACGACUCCUGCGACGACCACAACAUCCUGGCGGCGUUCGACGACGCGAUUGCCGACGGCGUCGACGUCCUGUCAGUGUCGCUGGGGAACUCCGAGAUGUUGGACUACUUCGAGGAUACGAUGGCCAUCGGUGCCUUUCACGCCGCAAAGAAGGGGAUCCUCACUGCGGUCUCCGCGGGGAACUCAGGGCCCGACCCAGGCACGGUGACGAACGUCGCCCCAUGGUACAUAUCCGUCGGCGCGAGUACCAUCGACCGGCGCAUUGUUACCAGAGUGGUGUUAGGGAACAAUAAGACUAUUGUGGUAAGUUUAGGUAUCGACAGCCUUAACAUCCACGAUUCGCCGAAAAACUUCUCCUCAGUAAUAUAUAUGAGCUGCAUGGCGCCGGGACAAUUCGACGACAUAGUGGAAAAGGGCAAGAUCGUGUUUUGCGACGCGGAUUAUGAGCAGGAUCCGUAUAAUUCUGGGGCCGAGGGAUUUGUGGCCAUGACCACUGACCCCGACGACGACGCUGCCGACUCAUACACCCUCCCUACCGCGCUCGUUACCUAUGAUCAGGCCAAAGAGCUCGCUCAGUAUCUCCGCGACUCGCCAGAACCUGUGGCCAAGAUAAUGAAAAGUGAAGGUGUUUUCGAUGCUGAAGCUCCAGUUGUUGCUUCAUUCUCUUCGAGAGGUCCAAAUCUCUUAAACCCUGGAAUAUUAAAGCCGGACAUAGUUGCUCCAGGGGUCAAUAUCCUCGCGGCGUGGUCGCCGAAGGCGCCGAUCCGAGACGACGGCAUUGAUACCGUAACCACCGCACCCUACAACAUCAUAUCCGGCACAUCCAUGGCGGCCCCCCACGUCUCCGGCGCCGCCGCAUACGUCAAAUCAUUCCACCCUACCUGGUCUGCUGGGGCGGUCAUGUCUGCACUGAUCACUACCGCUACUCCCAUGAGGCAUACGACUCAUCAAGAUGCCGAGCUCGCCUACGGAGCCGGAGAACUUAACCCGAUUCGGGCUCGCAACCCUGGGCUCGUCUACGAACCCGACAUAGCCAACUAUGUGAACCUGCUAUGCACCCAGUACACCGCAGAUAAGGUUAGGCUCGUAACGGGAGAAAAAACCACUUGCCCUAAGGGCUCAAAUUGGCGCGUGUCGGAGCUGAACUAUCCGACAAUGUCUGUGCCGGUGAGUAAAGGUGCUCGCUUCCGUACUGAAUUCCCGCGGACGGUCACGAACGUCGGCCGCCCGAACUCGACGUACCGCGUGAUCGUCAAUCCUGGAAGUAUGAACGUAAACGUUCGACCCCGCGUCCUGUCGUUCGAUAAGAUGGGCGAGAAGAAGAGUUUCGUUGUAACGGUUUCAGGCGUGGGGCCGUCGAGGAACGUGAGCUUGCCGGCGGCGAUCAUGUGGACCGACGGAAGGCACCAUGUGAGGAGCCCAAUCAAUGCCUACUUAAAGUGGUGA